AUGCUAUUGAAGCAAAAGUAAACUCCUUAAAAGCCUCAAGCCAACUGCAUUCAAACUUUAUUGAAGGUUUGUCUCAGUUAAUUCAAGCAUUAGACACCUUCCUUAAUGCAUCUUCACAAGAUUCUUAUAGCGAAGAUUUUUAUAUAAAAAAAAUUUUGAAAACAUCUGGCAGUUUUCAAGGUAAGAAGUGGUUUAGUAAUGCAGCAAUAUCUGCUGCAGAGGAUCAAGAUCAGUAUGAAUCAGAUGAAGAUAUAUG